UCAGCUGGAUGGAAUAACACCUCUCUCUACUCUCACUGUGGAAGUUAAAACUGUAUUUGAACAUCUCUGGCUACGGUAUCGAUCCGCUCUCUCAGGACUGAUCCUGCUCUGUGAAGACAGCAUAGGACGGCUCAUAAGGUGGGCUGCUCUGACUUGACCCUCAGCAGUCAUGGGCAGGUCAAGAGUGAUGUGCGUUCGGUCGCUGGGGAAGGCCGUGCAGUUGUUCUCCACCCUCCUCCUGUUUGUUACCUGCAUCUAUGGUCUUUCUCCACCACAGCCGCGAGUCUUCUUGACAUUUCAAGAACUACAGAAAACCCAGUCCUCGGAGCACUACACUUUGUCCGAGAAGCCUAUGGACUACAGGAUUCUUUUCAUGGAUGAAGAUCAAGACCGGAUGUACGUGGGCUGUAAGGAUCAUCUACUCUCAAUGGAUAUCAACAACAUUACCCACGGCACGUUGAAGAUCUUCUGGCCAGCGUCCACCAGUAAGGUUGAAGAAUGUCAGAUGGCUGGCAAAGACCCCACACACGGCUGUGGAAACUUCUUACGAGUAAUCCAGCCCUAUAACAGAACGCAUCUGUUUAUCUGCGGCAGUGGAGCCUUCAGUCCCGUGUGUGCAUAUGUGAACCGUGGCAGACGUCCUGAGGAGCAAGUAUUUCACAUCUCUUCACGAGCCGAUUCAGGCAAAGGAAGGUGUUCAUUCAACCCACAAGUCAACACUGUUUCAGUCAUGCUCAAUCAGGAAUUGUUCUCUGGAAUGUACAUUGACUUCAUGGGGACUGAUGCGGCCAUCUUUAGAAGCCUGACCACCAGGAAUGCAGUGAGGACGGACCAACAUAACUCCAAGUGGCUGAGUGAGCCGGUGUUUAUUGAUGCCCACUUGAUUCCUGACGGCUUGGACCCGAACGACGCCAAGCUUUACUUCUUCCUGCGUGAGAGACUGACUGACAGUAGUGGAAACACUAAAAACAUCCACACCAUGGUGGCCCGGGUGUGUCCAAAUGAUAUGGGUGGACAACGCAGUCUGGUAAACAAGUGGACCACAUUCUUGAAGGCUCGCAUGGUGUGUUCAGUUCUGGAAGAGGAUGGUACCGAGACCCAUUUUGAUGAGCUUGAGAAUGUGUUUCUUUUGGAGACGGACAACCCAAAAGGCCUGCUCGUCUUUGGAGUCUUCACCUCCACAAGUUCUGUAUUUCGAGGCUCGGCUGUUUGUGUGUACAACAUGGCCGACAUCCUGACAGUUUUCAAUGGACCGUUUGCGCACAGAGAAGGGCCCAACUUCCAAUGGGUGGCUUUCCAGGGCCGGAUCCCUUACCCACGGCCGGGAACUUGUCCCGGUGGCGCGUUCACGCCCCACGUUCAGAGUACUAAAGAGUUUCCAGAUGAUGUUGUGACAUUCGUGAGGAAUCAUCCGGUCAUGUUUAACCCCAUUUACCCGGUCGGCAGGAAGCCCUUGGUGGUACGGACGCAUGCCGAUUACAAGUACACCUCCAUAGCUGUGGACCAGGUCCCGGCUGCGGAUGGACACUACCAGGUCCUCUUUCUGGGCACAGAUAAAGGCACAGUGCAGAAGUUGGUGGUUCUGCCAUCAAACGGGUCUCUGGAUGAGGAUCUGAUCCUGGAGGAGCUGGAAGUGUUUAAGAAGCAGUCUCCCAUCACCAACCUAAGAAUCUCUUCUAAAAAGCAACAGCUUUACGCUAGCUCUGAGCACGGGGUAUCCCAGGUGUCUUUGCACCGCUGUAAUGCGUACGGCUCUGCCUGUGCUGACUGCUGUUUAGCACGGGACCCAUACUGCGCUUGGGACGGACUCAGCUGUUCCCGAUUCUACCUCACUGGCAAAAGGAGAAGCAGAAGGCAGGACAUUAUGCACGGAAAUCCACUGACGCAGUGCAGAGGCUUUAAUCUGAAAGCCUACAGGAAUGCAGCGGAGAUGACCCAGUAUGGAGUUAAAAACAACACCACGUUCCUGGAGUGUCAACCCAAAUCUCCUCAGGCCUCAGUUAAAUGGCUCAUUCACAGAGAUAAUGAUCGGAGGAAAGAGGUGAGGCUGACCGAUCGGGUGGUGUCCACCAACCACGGUCUGCUCAUCCGCUCCGUACAGUCUUCAGAUCGCGGUCUGUACUACUGUCUGGCCACUGAAAACGGUUUUAAACGCACGAUGGUGAAGAUCCGUCUGCAGGUGCUGAGCGAGGCUCUGGUCAGCGCUUUGAGCGACAAACGGCAGUCUCCCUGGGGCUGGGCGGCCGCAUUGCAUCCCAAAGCCCUGGUUAAUGCCUUCAGCCCAGCUGAGACGUUAGCCAUGCAACAGUACUGCAAAGAACGCAAACAGCUGCAGAGUAUACAGAACCUACAGAGCCCCACGAGAGGUGAUCUGGGAAAACUCAAACCGCUGCUGGAUCAUAGGAAGAGCAGGAACCGUCGAAACCAUUUAUUGGAGCAGUAGAUAGGCGGAGGUUGGUAAAGACUCGGAGAAGAAGGGAAGUAAGCAUCAAGGAUAAAAAGGUACAAAGACAUUUAAGAAAGAGGAGGAUGGGAGGUAAUCGAUGGAGAAGAUAUGAACCUCAGUUUUUUUGGUUUACUCAAAGCACCUUGUCUUGUGCUUCCUGUACAAAGGUCUUACGUGCAUGUGUCAUUUUUCAUGCUGCACUAUACAAGAGCUCAAAAUGUCAUACAGUAGUGCUGUUAUUUAGGUUGAACUUUUCCAGAGCGACCCAGAAAGUAUUGCAAGUCCAAAUUAAAUUCAGGUGGAGAUCCCAUGAAAGGGCUUCAUGAGCGUUUUUUUGUCCUGCGUUUACAUUUUUUUUUGUAAUAGGAAGUUAAAGUUUGUCACUGUGUAGUCAACGAUCUUCCGGAAGAGCCAUUGUUAAGACUCUUUAUUGGAUGAAACAAAAGUGUAAGCGUCGUCAGUAAAUUUGCCAAGUUUUACAGAGAGAGAGAGUGUACAUUUAAAGGAAAAGUUCACCUUUAAAAUGACUUUUUCCUGCAAAACACAAAAGAAGAUAUUUAGAAAAAUGUUGGAAACCAAAAUAUCUUCUUUUUUGUUCUGCAAAAGAAAAAAAACUCAAAAAGGUCUGAAAUGCCAAGAUGACGUGUCAAUAAUGACAUGAUUUCCAUUUUGAAGGUAACACUCUUUUAAGUUUGUGUAUCUGCUUAAAACCACAAACACUUUAAAUGUGCAUUACAUAUGUGCAUCCACAUUAAAAGAUGAAAAGAACUCAAUAGCAUUGAACCUUUAAUAUCACAAAAGAAAUUAUAAUGACUGAGAAACAUUUUAUAUCAAUCCACGCUUGAACUGAUGUUUGCACACCACAGAAUCUGUUACAGCACAUUUACAGUAAACUUAAUAAAAAUCUCCCAACAAAUUUUCAAUAAGUUUAACUAAACUACAGGGCUACAUGAAAUAUUAUUUUCAUUGCUCAAGCUUUUAAUAUUGAUCAUUGGGAAUUCACCAUUGAAUAAAGGAAGAACUUUUUUGUUACAAAUGGAUUGUUAUGGUCACUAACGGAACUAUGAGAAUAUACUGUAUCUUGGAAAUGAAAACGACACACAGACCAAAGUACGUCAGCCCAGCUGGACCGCAGAUGUUAAUACAGGCCAGAAUCUGAGGAGGUUGACAGGUGGCUCACUUAGCCCAGUCUACAGAUCCUAUUGUUGCUUUGGGAAACUUCAUUCAACUACAUAGGCUCUUUCUUAAAAUGUGUAUAUUUAAAAUGUGAAUGUUUUAUAUUGCGAAGUUUGGGAUGGUACACUGAACUAGAAUGGAUUGGAUUGGUCUUGGCAACCUUCACUACAGAGCCACACACUAUUAGAAUAGUUCAUCCUCCAUUCAAAUUCUCUCAUCAUUUCCUCGCCAUGUUCCAACCCUACAUGACAUUUUCUUUUGUGGAAAACAGAUGUUUGGAAGAUAUUUGGAAGAACGUCACCAAACACUGGUGUUGACUUCCAUUGAAUGGAAACAAAACCACGAAGACAUUUUCUUUUGUGUUACACAGAAGAACGAGUCAUUUACAGGUUUAAACAACACUAGGGUGAAUAAAUGAUGACAAAUUUUGUAUUUUUGGGUGAACUGUCCCUUCGAGUUAUAUUAAACGUUACUGCUUUACAUCUCCCCGAGACACUAAGGUUUCUAAAACUGCAUAAAUAUGAAUAAAGUAGGGCAGUUUUACACUUGGUGUUGGAGUUGCGAGGUUAUUUAAAUAAAAUAGUGUAAAGCAGCGCUUACCCCAUUUUAAGAUUACGAUUUUGAAACGUUUCCUUACCAAAUGUUAAAAGCGGGAUUUAAAAUGAAAUAAUUCAGGUUAGUUUCAAUGUGAGAAACCCUCAUUGCUACAUAUCAGCCCAAUGAAGCAUGUGGUUAUGCACAUUGUUUUGUUGUUUUAAAGGCACGUGUUUUUGUGAAUGUUGUGUUUAUAUGUUUUGGUUUGCUCAGUGUGACCGUCGCACAUUUGCUGAUGCUUUUGAGAUUGUACAUGUUUUGAUGUUUGUGUAAUUUAUGUGUUUUUGUAUUUCGAGCGCUUGUGUUUUUAAAACACGGGUCGGUUUGUAAAUAGUUUCAAAGUUCUUUUUCAGCAAAAAAAUCAGUUCACGCUUUUCUGUAUGAUUGUUAUAAUACAUUUAAUGCCUGAAUUGAAAUGUUAUGCCAAAAAAACCUACAGAUGGUUUUGACUGCUGCUGCAAUUUGCAGAGAUACAAGUUUGCAUUUUUAGAUUCCCUCUCUCCAAAAUGCUGUAAAAGGUGGUUUUAUUAUUAUACUAUAACAAAUAUGAAGCUGUAUUCCAUGUGAAUGUUAAUGAUACUUUGAUCAAAUGUCAUUAUUUGUGUAUUCCUAUUUAUUAAUGAUAUAAGCCUGAACAACUGCAUUAAAACAUUUUCAACCUGUGAGUCGGGACAACAAUUCUUCACAUCCAAAUCAUAGAUUAAUUAAUCUUCAGUAUUUUACUGAUUUUAUAAAAGAUUAUAGAUUUACCACUAGAUUUAAUUUGUAUUAAACAAAUAAAAAAAGUGA